UUUCUUUCAAGGAUUGAAGUGAUGGAUGUGUUUUUUAGCGACUUCGAUAGCUACAGUGAGAGUAGUAGUAGCUCAGAAGAUCAAGAAAAUGAUGAGUUUAUGUAUGGUGGACAGGCCAGCUCUAUUUUGUCGAAUCUUGAGGACACCAUUGGCAAGAUUGACGAUUUUCUGUCAUUUGAGAGAGGAUAUGUUGAGGGGGACAUCGUGUGCUCAGUGGCCGAUCCAUCUGGACAAACAGGAAAGGUGAUCAAUGUGGAAAAAGUUGUCGAUUUGGAGAACAUUUAUGGGAACAAACUCAAAAAUAUUGAUUCCAGGAAACUCCAAAGGGUUCGUUCCAUUUCAACAGGUGAUUAUGUAGUCGCUGGUCCAUGGGUGGGGAAAGCAGGUCGGAUUGUGGAUUGUGUCACUGUGUGGUUUGAUGAUGGCACAAAGUUCAAAUGUACAACAAUGGAUGACGAGAAGCUCAUACCACUCUCUUCAGAUCCAUUUGAUGAUCCCCAGCUCCCUUAUUUCCCUGGACAGCGAGUCAAAGUUGUGCGGUCUUCCAUUUUCAAGUCAACAAGAUGGUUAUGUGGGACCCACAGAGACGAAGAACAAGAUGAAGGAACCGUUUAUGCAGUGGAUGCAGGAUUCGUGUAUGUAAACUGGCUCGGCUGUGCUCAGUUUGAUUUGGAAGCUCCCCCAUCCUUGCAAAGCUCUCAACACUUGACUUCCCUUUCCUGUUUCUCUCAUUCGAAUUGGCAGCUUGGUGACUGGUGUUUUAUGAGCAAUCUCUGCUCGGGUUCUCAAGAAAUCUUUGUUAUUGUAAAAACAAAGACUAAAGUCGAUGUUUUGUGGCAGGAUGGAAGCGAAUCAUGGGGUUUGGAUUCGGUUUCUCUUGGUCCUGUUAACAUUCUUGAUGCCCAUGACUUUUGGCCUCAUCAGUUUGUUCUUGAAAAAGGAACAUCUGAUGAUCAAGAAAACAAGAAAUGGGGUGUUGUGAAGAUUGUUGAUUCAAAGGAAAAAACAGUAAAAGUGAAGUGGGAAACGUGUUCACAAAAGGAAGAAAAUGGUAUUGAGGAAAUUGUGAGUGCUUAUGAAUUGACUGAGCACCCGGACUUUUCGUAUUGUUUGGGCGACGUGGUGUUUGGGUUAGAGAAAGGGGAGAAAUCAUGUCUGAUUGGAAUCGUAAUUGGCUUCAUAGAUGGUGGAGUUCAAGUGAAAUGGGCUGCGGGUUUUACAUCCAAGGUUGCUCCAAAUGACAUUUUUCGGAUGGACAAAUGUGAAGGAAAAUUGGCUACAUCAUUGCUUGAUGAUGAGAAUACUGAGCCAAACCAAGAGAAAUCCGAGCGUGAUGACCUUGCACUCAAUCUAAAGGCAAAGGAUUUGCCGGAUUUCACUGACGAUGGGAAGGAUUGCUUCAAGAGUUUGUGUGACUCCAAGACUUUUGAUGUUCCACGAGCUGCAAUCGGGUUUUUAUCCAAUGUUGCUGCAUGCCUUUUCGGGUCUCCAACUUACACAUCAUUGUCACCUACAUCAGGACAGGGAUCUUUUGACAGUGAGGAAGAAAGUGUGGUAUCUUUAGAGACCUACAAAGAGGCAAUGAUCAAAGAAAACGAUGAUGUGUCUAAACAUGUUUCAUCUUCGUCAAGUAGCAAGAACCUACAACUCGAGAAAUUUGAAAUGGUUAGCGACUGCUCAACACAUCACUUUGUUGAUCGUGCUGGGAAAGGAUUGAUAUCAAAUCAGGUAAAAAGAGGGUGGCUAAAGAAAGUUCAGCAAGAAUGGAACAUUUUGUUGAAGGAUCUUCCUGCAUCGAUUUAUGUCCGUGUCUUUGAGGAACGAAUGGAUCUGCUUCAGGCAGCCAUUGUAGGAGCACCUGGAACUCCUUAUCACGAUGGCCUUUUCUUCUUCGACAUUUUCCUUCCUCCAGAAUAUCCUCAAGAACCCCCAAUGGUGCAUUAUAUCUCUGGUGGGCUGCGACUCAACCCAAAUUUAUACGAGUCUGGAAGAGUCUGUCUUAGCCUUCUAAAUACAUGGGCAGGCACAGGAAGCGAAACCUGGAACCCAAAUGGGUCUACUAUUCUUCAAGUUCUGUUGUCCCUCCAGGCUUUAGUUCUGAACCAAAAUCCGUAUUUUAAUGAAGCCGGAUACGAUCAACAGGUUGGGAGUGUCGAGGGAGAGAAGAAUUCUUGCAGCUACAACGAGAAUGCAUUUCUCAUGAGCUGUAAAUCCAUAAUCUACACGCUUCGAAAACCACCAAAGCAUUUUGAGGCACUCGUAGAGGAACACUUCAGGCGACGUUGCACUUACAUCUUGAUGGCAUGUAAGGCCUAUGUGCAAGGGGUUCCAAUCGGUUAUGCUUUCAAGGGUGAAUACACUGAGCCCAUAGGUCAAACCAAAAGCUCUACAGGAUUCAAGAUUGCGCUAUCGAAGCUAUUUCCGAAGCUGGUGGAAGCAUUUAGCAUAAAGGGUUUCGAUUGCGCCGAUCAUAUGGAAAUGUGAAUUUGGGAAGGUUUGAAAGUAACCAUAAAAUGGAAAGUGUGUAAAAAAGAGAAUUUGUGGAAUAAUGGGGUGUGUUGUGUAAAUAUUGUGUUCUUGGUGUACUUUGUUGUAACUUUAUAGACCCUUGUUUUAUGUAAAAAUAACAUAUUUGGUCCU